AACAUGUGCUUACCAGUGAACCAGAUUUAAACAAACAAAUUUUCCCGAGUUAUUAGUCAAGUGGAAAAAAAUGGUGGGCGACCAAUUCGGCUUGGAAUUGAAGCACUGGGAGAAAAUCUCCAAAACCCAAUUCAAGGAAUGGUCAAUGGUAGCCAUCAGAGACUCCAACUCCUCCGUUUUCCCUCCAAUUAAUCACGAAAACCUCCACCUCCCGACCUCCCCAUCACUGUCGUCUUCUUCCUCCUCGUCGCUCUCGUCGUUUUCGCCGUCCGAUUCCGACGAAUCGGGCCCGGUUUCGCCGAAGAAGCCCGAUACCCAGGUCGGAAAAUGCGGCGAAUCGAGGAGCUGGGUGGGUUUUGGGGUUGGGUUACUGCGCUCUAAGGUUUUGGGGAUUGGUUCGUUGAUUGGGUGGGAGAAAGUUUGGUGCUUUGGUUCUGGGGCGGGCAUUGUGGCGGUGGUGUUUAUGGUGUGGUCGUUUUACUUGCGAGUGAGGCGGAGGCGGUAUCGGAAGCGUUCCGAUUUGAUUAUCAAACAGAAAGAUGAGAAAAUUAAUAAGCUGCUGCACCAAAUCGCGCAAAUGAAUGAAGUACUGGUGGCUCGGCAUAGAGCUCUGGCUUCCAAACUGGCUAAUUGACUGACCAAGUGUAAAAUCUUUAACUGCUGGAUUGGUAAAUUAGGAAGAUCGGUUCAAUACCAGAGCUGAAAAUAUUGGGGGAAGAAGUUGCAGACGCUUCUGUAGAUGCCUGCGAAUUGGUCACAACAGAACUGACUGUAAUGGAAAUCUGAUUCUCCUGUCAUCUCUGAGGAUCCAAUAUCGAGUUGAAAGGUAUAAUGGGAACCGCAAGCACCAGUGUGAACUCUGCAAACAAUUGGAUCGAGAAACAAGGAAUUACUGAAGCAGAAAAUGUGGCGCUCAAGCUUUCGAGUUUGGUACAUGAAUGGGGUGACCAAAGACGCGCAAUGAUCUUCAUGGUAUACGUCAGUCACAGACUUAGUGGUUUGCCUGUAUUUCAGUUCAUGGUUUCAUGUCCUGUUAAUUACCUAGCAUUGAUUAAAUUAUAGUUUAAUGAAGUCUAGCUAUGAUUAGAGUUAUAUGGUGCAGGAAAUUUGUUUAUUAUUUUGAAUGAUAUUCUGGUUUUUGUUAUUAUUUGUAAACUUUUGUA